CCGAACCACUAUAAAUCCUCGAAGACAAAGGCCGCUGAGCUUCCAAGAUCCAGCUUUUGGACUCCUGUUUCAUUCGUUAGAGGGGGCAGAGACAUGGUGUCGGCUUCUCCUCCUCCGAAGGAUGCUACUUCCUAUGAGAAACGGAAGGAGGACGGCGACCCAUCUCGGCGAGCCAAAUGGUGGUACUCCACCUUCCAUACCGUCACCGCCAUGAUUGGCGCCGGCGUCCUCAGUUUGCCUUAUGCCAUGGCCUAUCUAGGAUGGGGUCCGGGAAUAAUAAUGCUGGUCCUAUCCUGGUGCAUGACCCUGAACACAAUGUGGCAGAUGGUGCAGUUCCACGAGUGCGUCCCAGGGACCCGGUUCGACCGCUACAUCGACCUCGGGCAGCACGCCUUCGGCCAGAGGCUUGGCCUGUGGAUCGUGCUCCCCCAGCAGCUGAUCGUCCAGGUCGGGUGCGGCAUCGUGUACAUGGUCACGGGUGGCAAGUGCCUCAAGAAGUUCAUGGAGAUGAUCUGCACGGACUGCCCAAGGAUCAGGCAAUCCUACUGGAUCUGCAUCUUCGGGUCGGUCCACUUCUUCCUCUCUCAGCUCCCGAACAUCAGUUCCAUCGCCGGUGUUUCCUUGGCCGCGGCCAUAAUGUCUCUCAGUUACUCUACCAUAGCAUGGGCAGGAAGCCUAGCCCAUGGUCGAGUCCCCGACGUGAGCUACGCCUACAAGAACGCCAACUCCGCAGACCAUGUGUUCCGGCUGUUCAACGCGCUUGGCCAGAUCUCGUCGGCCUUCACGGGGCACGCGGUGGUCCUGGAGAUCCAGGCCACCAUCCCAUCGACCCCCGAGACGCCGUCCAAGGUGGCGAUGUGGAAAGGUGUGGUCGGGGCCUACCUCGUCAACGCCAUUUGCUACUUCCCUGUAGCUCUCAUAGGCUACUGGGCCUUCGGGCAAGACGUCGACGACAAUGUGCUCAUCGCACUCAAAAAACCCUCGUGGCUCAUUGCCUCAGCUAACUUGAUGGUGGUCGUCCAUGUCAUUGGUGGUUAUCAGGUUUACGCUAUGCCUGUUUUCGAUAUGCUGGAGAGCGCGAUGGUGAAGAGAGCGAACUUUCCUCCCGGAAGAACGCUCCGCCUCGUUACUCGAUCUGCUUACGUUGCAUUCACAUUACUCAUCGGAGUGACAUUCCCUUUCUUUGGCGACCUGCUUGGUUUCUUUGGUGGGUUUGGUUUCGCUCCCACGUCCUUCUUCCUCCCUAGUAUCAUGUGGCUGGUCAUCAAGAAGCCCAGGAAGUUCAGCAUCAACUGGUUCGUCAACUGGGCCUCCAUAAUAAUCGGAGUCUUCAUCAUGAUGGCAUCGACCAUUGGUGGAUUGCGGAACAUCAUCGCGGACGCCUCCGCAUACCGUUUCUACGCCUAGGGGACUUGAUUAGGGUUCAGUCGGAUCUCUUCAGAUAUGUAGGCGAGACCCGGCAUCUACCCAGAAAUUGUAAUUGCUCGUCUGUGUCUUGCUCAUUUGAUCAAGACAUCAUAAAGGGAAUUUAUUCUCCAAAGAGAAAUCUUCUGCGUGCAACUUGCCACGCAAAUAGACCGAAUUUAUUCGUGGCUGUCUA